GUAUGCAAGUUUGCGCUUUUUCUUGGGCAGAAAACACACACAUAAACGAAGAAACAGAAACCCCACAGACACGACGUGGCGUUUUUGAUUUGGUGCGCCUUCUUCCAUGAGAGCGGAAGCAGCCUUUCACCUCCGCCCUGCAACUCAAGUUAACAGCUAGAUUUUGGUUACAGAAAGUGUUGGUUUUUCACAUUAAUCCUCCAGAUGACAGGGCCCUAACAAGACAGCAGCCGUUCUCAUGAAUGCUAUGAGAGUGAAUAAAAGUCAGUGCCGUGGGUUUUCAUCCUCUCCUUCGACACUCUCAUCGUCACUUCCAUGGAUCUCUCCUCUUCACUUUUCAAGAGUCAAACUUCACAAACCAGACCCCCCACCCGAAACCACAGGCACCCAGACACAAACGAGGAGGAAAGGCAAAUAUAUUUCUCACGAAUCUGCCAUCAACUUAAUCAAACGUGGGAGAGAUCCACAGCAUGCCUUGGAAAUAUUUAACAUGGUAUCUGAACAAAAGGGUUUUAAUCACAACAAUGCCACCUAUGGAACUAUCCUCCAGAAGCUUGCUCAGUCGAAGAAGUUCAAGGCUAUCGAUGCAAUUCUUCAUCAAAUGACCUAUGAGACCUGCAAAUUUCAUGAGGGUAUAUUCCUUAAUCUCAUGAGGCAUUUUUCAAAAUCCUCUAUGCAUGAAAGAGUGCUUGAAAUGUUCUAUGCUAUCCAGCCAAUAGUUCGAGAAAAACCCUCUCUCAAAUCCAUCAGUACUUGUCUCAAUCUACUGAUUGAAGCAAAUCAGGUUGAUUUGGCCCAACAAUUUCUCACACAUUUGAAAAAGAAUUUUAACUUCAAGCCAAACACAUGCAUUGUCAACAUCUUGGUUAAGCACCAUUGCAAGAAUGGGGAUCUUGAUUCUGCUUUUGAGGUUCUGAAGGAAAUGAAAAGGUCCAAAAUUUCUUACCCUAAUUUGAUUACGUAUUCAACUCUCUUGGGUGGUCUCUGUGAAAGUGGAAGACUCGCAGAAGCAAUGGAGUUGUUCGAAGAAAUGAUCUCAAAGGACCAAAUCUUGCCCGAUGCCCUAACUUACAACAUUUUGAUUAAUGGGUUUUGCCAUGGUGGCAAAGUCAACAGGGCUAGGAAGAUAUUGGAGUUUAUGAAGAGCAAUGGAUGCAAUCCAAAUGUAUUCAAUUAUACCGCUCUGAUGAACGGUUUAUGUAAAGAGAAGAGAUUGAAGGAGGCCAGGGAAGUUUUCCAUGAAAUGAUGAGCUUCGGUAUAAAGCCUGAUACAGUUGGUUACACUGGUUUGAUUAAUUGCUGCUGUAGGACUGGGAAAGUGAAUGAAGCUAUAGAGUUGCUCAAAGAGAUGAAAGAGAGAGAGUGCAAAGCUGAUACCGUGACUUUCAAUGUGAUACUCGGAGGGUUGUGCAGAGAAGGCAGAAUUGAGGAUGCUCUUGAGAUGCUGGAGAAACUUCCUUACGAGGGUGUCUAUCUCAACAAGGCAAGCUACAGGAUUGUGUUGAAUCUCUUGUGUCAAAAAGGUGAAUUGAAGAAGGCAACUGCGUUGUUGGGGUUAAUGAUGGGUAGGGGGUUCAUACCACAUUAUGCAACUUCAAAUGAGCUGCUGGUUCGCAUUUCUGAGGCCGGAAUGGCAGAAGAGGCGUGCAUGGCUUUGUUUGGAUUAAUGGAGAUGGGGUUUAAGCCACUGCCUGAUUCCUGGGCUGUUUUGGUUGAAUCAAUCUGCAGAGAAAGAAAGCUUCUGUCUGCAUUUGAACUUCUCGAUGAGUUGGUGGUUGUAGAGCAGGAUUAAGCCCUGAGACAGAUUUCAGAUGCAAGAGAAAAGUUACAUCCUAGGCUUGAAAACCCCUAGGUGAUGAAGAUGCUGGCAAUUCAACAUAAAGUAAUGGGAUUAAGAAAACAUUCUGAUCUGAUUUGCAGUUGCAAUCUACGUCUUCUUUCUGGUAAGAGGAAAUGGAUCAUCUUUCAUGAUACUCGUGAGGCAGGGAAAAUUCAAUCCUUAACAUGAAAAUGGAAUUUGAACGAUAGUGGCACCGGGUCUUUUUUCUGCAAUGCUGAUGAACUUCAUUAACAUUAUAUGGGAGGAAAGCUCAUAAAUCAUAAGGUUUGAAACCAGGUUAGUAAGGUACGAUGUAGCUUGAUGUUGUAGUAUUUAAACGAAGAGGAGAAUUGAAAAUUUUUGCAGUACCGUGCACAGCUGCUCUUGUUCUAAGGGCGCCUCUACUUGCAAGGAAGCAUCUCAGUUAUGGCACAUUGUUUUCUAUACAGUUGAAUCAUUAGCCAUUUCUAUUGCAUUAUUCCUUGGUGUACGUAGUUCAAGUCCUUUCGCUGUUUAUGUAUGAAAAAUAGAAUCUGGAAGGCAAAAGGCAUGCUAGGGUUUCGAGAGCUUCCGGUCAUCUUCUGGUUUCAAGCACCAAUUGACCAAGGUCUGUGCAGCUAUGCCCAAUCGAACCUGUAGGUACAACUUGCCUGUAAAAACCGGCUUCGGCUUGUAAACAAAAAGAUACGGAACUGUCCAAGAAAUUUAGGGCCUGUUUGGUAUCCUACUCAAAAAUUUAGGGCCUGUAGGUACAACUUGCAUGAUUUUGUAGAAGUGGAUGGUCCUAUGUUGGUGAAUGGAGGCAAAGCCAUAGUCCCGAAUGUAAUCAAGGCCGUCCAAGUCACUAGGUAUCGUGGGAUUCUUGUACUUUGGGUGAAUCCCUUUCCUUUCUUUUGUUUUUUUAGUACAACUAUAUAU